CUUUCCACCAUCUUCAACACAUCUCCGCUACACUUCAGAAUCACUCCACCAAGCAAAGGUCAAAUCUGAUACGUCGACCCUAAUACGCCGCUUCGAAGAGGUCCGCUAGAAUGCUGUGUCGGCGCAGGACGAUCCCCUACAUGCCCAUCCUCCUCACGCUGCUGAGCCUCACCGUCCCGCCCCCAACCACCGCCUCGUGGUUCCGUAACGGUGCCAAAGAAGGAGUUGGGCGGGUGAAUGGACGCCUGGGGUAUGGGUUUGAGGGUGGUGACCGGUUUAUGGGCAGUGGGGAGGGGGAGGGCAGGGGGGAGGAUGUUGAGGAUAUGCUUGACGUUGCCUUCCGUGGCCAUCUCACACGGGAAGCACGGCUUGCCAUUGAACAGGCUGGAAGCAAACUACAGCUAUACGAAUCCAAACCAGGCGGUUGUUUCAAGCAUGCUGUAGCGAGUGUGAAGAAAGGAUGUGAGAUGCUGCAUGUGCAUGAGAUAGAGAAGGUUCGAUACGCCGUGGACUUGACGCUGUGCGAGAUAGCCACGGGAAACAUCCCGAUUCCUGCAAGCUGCCAGGCGGAGAGUUAUCAGACAGAUGUUUAUGGUUGCGUUGAGAUGCUCUCCCACGUCCCACAACUCUGGACCUCCUACUCCGGCUACCUCCGCGAAGUUGUCAACAUAUGCUUCGCAAUCCAAUACGAAUCCCACCAAUCGCACAUAUCCCAACUCUUCGAAAACGUCACCCUCCAACAAAUCACCAACCUCCGCCUGCUCGUCAAACACCGCAGGGAGAUGAAAGUGUGGCACGGCGAUGAGAUGGGGCGGUUGAGUGCGUUGGAGGGGUUGCAGAGGGUGUUGGUGGAGAGGGCGGGGGAGAUUGAGGUGGGUGUGAAUUGCAUUUGACCGGGUCGGCUGUCGUCCUUGACUGAUUUGAGUGCUGAAUUUGAAGGUGUCCAGUAAACGCACGGCGGAAACGACACGGGAUCUAAACGCCAAGAUCGACGAGUCGCUAUCUUCCAUCCAGGACGUGCUUUCCAUGCAGACGGAAGCUCGCGACGUCGUGGAGGUGGUGCUCAGCGACACGCGGUCCCUCUCGGAUCUGUUGGAAACUGGUGCAAAUG